ACCCUGGUUAAGGCGUUAAUUCUAACCUAACUUUUUUCACGUGGUGUGUCAUUUUCUGUUGUGUGAUCAAAUAAUUUCAAAAAAUUAUGGGUAAAAAGAGGAAAAAUAAUGAAAAGGAUGAUGAGUAUGAGUUUGAUCCUGCUCCAAAACAUCUUCAAGUUCGUCACAUAAAAAAUCAGGAGAAACGUCUCAUUGUAAUUUUAGAAAAUGCCCAAUUGGAAUCUGUCAAAGUGGGCAACAAUUUUCAACUUCUUAAUUGUGAUGAUCAUGCGAAUAUUUUAAAAAAAGAUAAUCGUCCACCUGGUAAUAGUAGACCUGAUAUAACACAUCAAUGUUUAUUAAUGUUGAUGGACAGUCCUCUCAAUAGAGCUGGUUUAUUGCAAGUCUAUAUUAAAACAGAAAAAAAUGUAUUAAUCGAAGUUAAUCCUCAGACGAGAAUUCCUAGAACUUUUAAUCGAUUUGCAGGUCUCAUGGUACAACUUUUACACAAAUUUUGUGUCCGUUCUUCUGACAGUCCAAUGAAAUUAUUAAAAGUUAUAAAAAAUCCAGUGACAAAUCAUCUUCCUGUUGGAUGCAAAAAAAUCGCCAUGUCCUUUAGUGCAAAAGAAGUUAAAAAUCCACGAGAUUUGGUUCCUUCCAAUGAACCAAUUGCUAUUAUUGUUGGAGCAAUGGCACAUGGACAAGUAAAAACGGACUACAUGGAAGAUACAUUUUCCAUAAGUAAUUAUCCACUAUCUGCUGCUUUGACGUGUGCUAAAUUAUGUUCAGGCUUUGAAGAAGUUUGGGGAAUUAUAUAAGUUGAAUAUUAAAAAAAAUAUUUAGAAUCUAAGUAAUUUUCUAAUAAUUAUAUAAUUGUAAAUAUUUUUCUACACGACACUUUCAUGAAACUAUUAAUUAUUUUGAAAUUAAUUAAAGCGAUUUUAAUUACAAAA